AUGUUCACUGCCAAAGGCCUCUUUUCAGAGGUUCUUUGUCCACAUCAGGGAGCAUGCAACCUACCGAGAUGUAUCUUCAAGCACGUUGAUCCCAAGCUGAGGGAUUCAGACCCAGCAAACAUAAUUCAGGAUCAUCUGAGCUCUAAAAGUGAUUACGGUGGGGAACGCAAACGACGAAAGCUCAAUGAUGAGAAUGACAGGCCAUUGUCUGAGAGAAAUGCCGCCGUGGUGGACAAAGAGAUCUCAAAGCCGAUCCAAAAGCUAGCCAAGAAGAGUUUUGCAGCAACUCGAGAAAUCUCACCACCUCCUUUGAAGCGAAAGGUUGAAAAUGGAGCUUCAUCUACUGCUUCUCAUCCGUCGAAGCCUACGCCAAAAGCUCCAGUCAAGGCACCACUGAAAAAAGAAGGCUUGAACCCACGUGUCCUAAAGCACCCAUCCCCGGCAUCUCACGAUCUACGAUUCAAGCUACUAAAGGCUCUUCAUACGGAGUUUGUUCGACUCAACUCGGAAUUAGGCAAGGAUGCAAGCGAUAAUGAGCAGAAACUCGUCCUCUCCGAUCAAGAACUCAUCAUACGAGCUUUGGAUCUCGAAGAAAUUGCUGCCGCUUCUCAAUCUGUCUAUUCAAAUCUUGUAAAGAACAAGAUUAUGACCUACAAACGCAUGAGCGUCAAACAAUGGGUCGACGAAAGAACAAAAGAAGUCGCUCAAGAAGAAGCAAAACAAGCGGCACUCCAAGCCACCGCCCCGACCAUCAAGCCUACAACUACCCCAGUAGUAAUCGAAACCGGUCUCAACAUCCACGAAGAACUCGCCCUCCUUCGCCGCCUUUAUACCCCCAUUUCAGGGCUAGUCAAACACGGCUAUGUCCCGAGCAUUCCAACAGACGCCGAGAUUCAAACCGCGAAAGAAGGCAUUGAAGCAGCCAAAGGCUGGGAAGUCUGCGAUCGAUGCAAAACCCGCUUCGAAGUCUUCCCCGGCCGCAGAGAAGAAGACGGCGCUCUAACAUCGGGUGGGAAAUGUACCUACCAUUUCGGUAAGCCGUACUGGCCAGACAAGAACCCAGCUGAGCCCAAAGCAAAGCGAGAGAAGAAAUACAGAUGUUGUGGAGAAUCUAUGGGUGAUUCAGCUGGGUGUACACAUUCCGAGAAUCAUGUUUUCAAGAUCACGGAGGUUAAGCGAUUAGCUGCUAUUCUGAAUUUCGAGACAACGCCGGAGAAUCUGGAGAAAGUAUCCGAUAGACCGGUUUGUAUCGAUGGCGAGAUGGGAUAUACAGUCUACGGACUCGAACUCAUUCGUCUGACUGCUACGUCCUGGCCCACAGGAGAUCCUCUCUUCGACGUCCUCGUUCGUCCUAUGGGUCCUAUACUUGAUCUCAAUUCUCGCUACUCGGGAGUCUGGCCAAAAGAUAUAGCUACUGCUCUACCCUGGUCAGCCUCCAUGCCAGACGAAACCACACCUAAGGAUUCCAAGCCCAAACUCCGCAUAGUCGACUCCCCGGCUGCAGCUCGUUCCCUCCUCUUCUCGUACCUCUCACCUGCCACCCCUCUCAUCGGCCACGGCCUCGAAAACGACCUCAACGCCAUCCGCAUGAUUCACCCAACCAUAAUUGACACCGCGCUCCUGUACCCUCAUAAAGCAGGAUUGCCCUACCGCAAUGGUCUAAAAGCUCUCAUGGCCACUCAUCUGAACCGGCAUAUCCAGGUUGUUGUUGAUGGUAAAAUGGAAGGCCAUGAUAGUAAAGAGGAUGCGAAUGCAGCGGGGGAUUUGGUCAAGUUGGCGUUGAAGAAUGAGUGGGAGAGGAUGAAGAGGGAAGGGUGGCGGGUUGAGGAUGGGGAGUUUAGACCGCCGACGCUCAAGGAGGGACCGAGUGGAGGAGGACUGAGUGUUGAGAUGUUGGAGAGGGAGGAGCCAAUUAAGAUUUUGCCUCUUGAUUCAGCUGGACGGAAGAGGGAUAGGAGUGAGAUGGAAGAUGGGGAAGUGAAAUCUUAG